UUCAUUCCAGCUGCAUUACCUUGUAUAACACCGUUCAGCAUCUUUAACAGUGGAAUUUUUGUUUUGGAAGUAUGAUAUCAAGAUUGGUCUUUCUUCUUCUCUGUGGACAUUUUGCACAAAUCCUUGGAAAUGCUGGGAAAUUGCCAGGAGUUAAGAGACAAAGCCUGAAAGUUCAGAUCAAUGCAACCAACGAUGCAGUGUGCAUGACAUACAUUCAUCCAAGUCCAAGCACUAAACUGGAAGGCUUCAUCCUGGGGUAUGGAAGCAGCUUCUUCUCCAACCAGUAUAUUCCCCUACCAUCUAAUGGGAAAACAUACAUAACUGAAGUUGAUGCAGAGCCAAGAUACUUGAUUGUAGUGAGGCCAGCACCUGUUCCUAAUUCCAAGAAAUCCUGCUCAGGUAAAACAAAGACACGCAAACCCCUUCAACUGGUAAUAGGCACUUUAACUCCAACAUCUGUCUUCCUAUCCUGGGGGAUAUUAGUCAAUCCAAACCAUGAUUGGACCACAGUGAAUAACUGUCCAAAUGACAGAUUUUAUACAGUGCGCUACAGAGAAAAGGACAAGAAUAAGAAGUGGAUUCUGCAGCUUUGUCCAACUACAGAAACAGUGGUGGACAAUUUGAAACCUAACGCUAUUUAUGAAUUUGGAGUGAAAGACAAUACAGGUGAUGGGAUCUGGAGUAAGAUUUUCACUCACAAGGUGGCUGGUAAAAACAAAGAAAAUGGACAACUCCAGAACAACUACAAGUUACCUAAAAUCCAAACACAGUUUAUACCAGAUUCAAAAACUCUUGUUCCAGUUAAAGUAAUCAAACAAGUUCUUCAAAAUAUUACACAUCGGACACAGUCUAAAAUUCUAGAGAAGUCUCCUUUAUCAGGACCAAUACUAGUGCACCUUAUUGUUCCUGAUUUCAAUGCAACACAACAGAAAACUCCAUCUUCUUCAAGGUUGGAUGUAUUUGAAAAACCAAAGAAAAUUCUAGCUAAGAAUAAAACUCAAGAAUGGCUUGCAGAAUCAAAGACAUCAGAGGUAAAAGAAAUCACCCCACAAUCCGAGACUGCUAUGGCUGACCAAGAUUGGGAAAGUAGUAAACCUACAGCUCCCAGUGUCUCAGAAGAAUCUACAAUCAGUCAAGCUUCAAGCAAAAUGCAGCCAGUUCCUUCAGAACCCCAAACACCUGUUCCAAAGACUGUACAGACAAAGCCAGCAGUAACAAAUGAACCCACUUUGGAAGUUCUCCCAUCCAAAACAUCUAAAACUCUUGACUGGCCAAGGGCAACACUGGCCCCAUCUGAAACACCAUUUACUACAUUGAAAUGGAAGCCUUCUGCCACUGCAGAAGGAUGGCAUGAGAAAACUGCUCCCAGGAAAAAAAAAAUCCCUGCUUCCAAGCCCCAACUUCCUCCCCAUCUGGAAGAGCCAAAGAUUGCACUGGCAGUUACCAGCAAAUCGGUUCCACUUCCUGCCACAACUAAGAUAUCUGCCACUGAUGGACAUCCAGUGGCAACAAUGGUUGCAACUGAGGCUGAUAAUUAUCUUCCUAAACUAUUGACCACACCAGAACUCCCAGUUAUCAGACCUGCUUCUUAUGAACCAAGGCCUCUUCCGUCAAAACCUAAAGAACACGACUCUAUCAUGCCAGAAGUACCAGACCGGAAACCUGUUGCAACUGAAGCUGAUAAUUAUCUUCCUAAACUAUUGACCACACCAGAACUCCCAGUUGCCAGAUCUGCUACUUAUGAACGAAGCCCUGCUCCGUCAAAACCUAAAGACCACGACUAUAUCAUGCCAGAAGCACCAGAGAGGAAACCUGUUGCAACUGAGGCUGAUAAUUAUAUUCCUGAACUAUUGACCACACCAGAACUCCCAAUUAGCAGACCUGCUCCUUAUGAACCAAGCCCUGUUCCAUCAAAACAUAAAGAACACGACCCUAUCACACCAGAAGUUCCAGACCGGAAACCUGUUGCAACUGAGGCUGAUGAUUACCUUCCUGAACUAGUGACCACACCAGAACUCCCAGUCAGAAGACCUGCUGCAAUUGAGGCUGAUAAUUAUCUUCCUGAAAUAUUGAGCACACCAGAAUUCCCAAUCAGCAGACCUGUUGCGACUGAGGCUGGUAAUUAUCUUCCUGAACUACUGAGCACCACAGAACCUCCAGUUAGGAGACCUGCUACUCAUGAACCAAGCCCUGUUCCGUCAGAACCUAAAGAACAUGACUCUAUCCUGCCAGAGGUUCCAGACCGAAAACCUGUUGCAACUGAGGCUGAUAGUUAUCUUCCUGAACUACUGAGCACCACAGAACUCCCAAUUAGGAGACCUGCUUCUUAUGAACCAAGCCCUCUUCCGUCAAAACCCAAACAGCAUGCAUCUAUCAUGACAGAAAUACCGGAGAGGAAACCUGCUGGAACAGAGGCUGAUAAUUAUCUUCCUGAAGUAUUGAGCACACCAGAACUCCCAAUUAGCAGAUCUGCUACUCAUGAACCAAGCCCUGUUCCGUCAGAACCCAAAGAACAUGAAUCUAUCAUGACAGAAGUACCGGAGAGGAAACCUGUUUCAACUGAGGCUGAUAGAUAUCUUCCUAAACUAUUG